UGACGUCUGACAAUCUUGUGCCCGCCCACUCGUCUCGUUCUCUUUCGCACCACUUCCCUCGACUCUUCCCCCGAUCUUGUCACUCAUUUCCUCACAUCUCCGACUUGUCUCAUACUCGCCAUGCCUCCCAGCAACAUGUCGCAGACCUCUUUCCCUCUGUCACACUCGAUCCUCACCUCUUCGCGGUCUACGGUCGACUCCGAUCAUGCCUUCCCUCGGCUAAAGGUCAGGUGCACCCCACGGGUGUCUCUUCCCACACUUGUUGCGCCACUGCAGCCAAAGCCCAAGCCUCUGGAGGAAACGAUCAAGGUCGUGGCCCAGCUCGGAGCCAAAAUUGUCCUCGCAUGGUCUGUCAAUACCGCAUCCCUUGGGACCGUAGAUGCUCUUCCCAACGGGGCACAGGAAGCCAUUGAGAGACACAUCGGGGGAUGGAUCAUCAAGGUAUGCGCAGAGUCGAUUGCUAUAUCCCACUUACGCGAGAAUCAAGCCCAUUUGGGCAUUGAGGAUGCGGCUUGGGAGCUCAAGGAGGAUGGGACUAAACGCUCGAAUUCUCUUCUUCUGAAGCCCAUCUCCGCCUCACCUUCCCGCUCUCCUACAACCACCUACCUCAUUCCAUCGGGCGAGCCGACAGCUGCGUUGGUUAAAGUGGAUCUCGCAUUCUGGUGGCACAUGCAGGGCAAACGAAAAGCAGAAGAGCUCGAUGGCGAUGACAGUCGCGACAAUCUUGUGGCGGACGCGGUUGAGGAGGCAUUGAAACCGAGCAACUCCAACAUCGUUGCGCAUGCCUCGGGCCAGCAUGCUGUCGAAGCUAUCAUGUUUGGGCAGAUCGCGGAAGUAAUGCCCGUGGUUUUGCGCCAACAGCUAUUACGGUUCGAACACGCUAGCCCCAGGCGCUGACUGCUAGUCGAUUCCCAUACGUGUUUGACGGCCCCUUCCUCGACGUGCGUGACACCGCACUUGAAGUUUCUGACAGGCAGUACCAGACGCACUGUCAGCUUCUCCCAUCACUCAUCACAGCCAUGAGGAGCUUCGCCUUCAACGCCGCCCGUCACCGCCCCGAAUUCAUCAUCCAAUGCGGCGGUAUCAUUAGCAGGAUGGAAGAGUCGAGGCAAAAUCUGCUCGAUGCGCAGGUCAAGGCCGUCGCGCUACUUCCAACAAGGAAGAAGCCUGCGAAGCGCAAGGUUCAGGGGCAGGACGAGCCUCAGGUGAAUGAAGACAUCCAAGAAUCC